UUACCACUUACCACCAGUUUAGCUAGAUAUUAUUUAGCUAGAUAUAUUAUGGUUGAAAGAAAUCCACCCUAUAUUUAUUGAUGUAAUGACUACAAAUGUUUUUUUAAUACAUCUAGUUUUCUGUACUCUUUUACGUUGAUGUUGAGGGAGAUGGCCAAAAAUAUUUAGGCUUACUUUAUAAGCUACAGGCAGAGACCAACGUUAAAUAACUAUAAAUGAUAAAUCUCCCUCGCUAACUGUUACAUGGUUCCACAAACUGGCACAAUGGGGUAACAGUAGUCAGUGACGAGUUCCUUCAUCAAAAUGUCCUGUGCCUCAUAUCUGCGUUCCGCCCGACCAAAAGCGAUGAGCCGUGCUAAGCAGUGGACGGAUGAAGUGGAAAACCUGUACAGAUUUCAGCAAGCCGGUUAUAGGGAUGAACUGGAGUACAAACAAAUCAAACAAGUCGAAAUGAUUGAUCGGUGGCCUGAAACUGGCUUUGUGAAAAAGCUACAGCGACGAGAUAACACAUUUUACUACUACAACAGAAAAAGGGAAUGUGAGGACAAGGAGGUCCAUAAAGUGAAAGUAUAUGCAUACUGAGCCAUGUGUUUUCACCAUAUGCUCUUCUAUAAGUACUCAUAAGCAUUUGUACAUGAGAUGCUAGGAAUGAAUCAAGGUUCUGUUUGUGAAAAUUAAACUGAAAAUAUGCUUUUAUUUUCUUUUUUAAAUGAUGAAAUACCUGAUGUGAAGUAAUAAUAAAUAUUGUGAAGUAUAA